ACAUUGCAGUGCUCCCAGGGAUUAGUUAGCGAACUUCAAUUUUCCAAAUAAGAAAGGGGAAGGGAUGGGAUCUGAAGUCGCCGCCGUACAUGUCCUCAUGGUGUCCUUCCCGGCCCAAGGCCACGUCAAUCCUCUUCUUAGGAUGGCCAAGCUCUUGGCUUCAAAGGGUCUAUUAGUUACCUUCACCACCACCGAUCACACAGCCCAAAUGAUAAAACGCUCCGACUCCACCACCACCGGAAAUAACUUACCCAUCCCCAUAGGCGAGGGUCAUCUCCGGUUCGAAUUCUUCUCUGACGGUUGGGUUGUGGACGAACCCAAACGCUACAACCUAGACCUCUUAAUGCACCAGCUCGAGACCUAUGCCAAGGAUUCCUUCACUCGUCUCUUACACAAACAGUUCGAGGAAGGUCGACCGGUUUCUUGCCUUGUUGGCAACCCUUUCGUGCCCUGGGCAUCGGACGUGGCCACCGACAUGGGCAUCCCUUGUGCGGUGUUGUGGGUCCAAUCCUGUGCUGUCUUCUCUUCUUACUAUCACUACUUCCACCGUUUGACUUCCUUCCCCACCACUGAUCAACCUGACCUCACCGUCGAUCUGCCUGGUCUCCCUACUCUAUGCUCCGACGAAAUACCCAGUUUCUUGCACCCAACCACCCGUUACGUGCCCUUAAGAAAUGCGAUCCUAGGUCAGUUUAAGAACCUCUCCAAGUCCUUCUGUGUGCUGGUAGAUUCAUUCGAGGAACUCGAACGCGAGUCCAUGUGUGGCAUGGAGGCUAAUAGUGAACUAAGACUCAGAACCGUAGGCCCUUUAUUCAAACACUUAAGUAAUGAAAAAAAAAAAAUUAACAAAGAUAGCAUUCAAGCAAACAUGUGGAAGGCAGAAGAGAAUUGCAUCGAAUGGUUGGACUCUCAAGAGCCAUCCUCGGUGGUUUACGUCUCCUUCGGCAGUAUCGUCACUUUGGAGAAGAGUCAGAAGGAAGAGAUGGCCUGGGGGCUCUUGAAAACGGGGCUUCCUUUCUUGUGGGUGGUGAGACCCGCAGCAGAUGGAUGGGUCGGGGAUGAUCAGAAGCUUCCAGAAGGGUUCGUGGAGGAAGCAAAAGGGAAGGGGAAGGUGGUGGGAUGGUGCCCACAAGAACAGGUGUUGGAACACCCAUCUGUGGCAUGCUUUGUGACCCAUUGCGGGUGGAAUUCGUCGCUGGAAAGCUUGAGCUCAGGCGUUCCGGUGGUGGCGCUGCCCAAGUGGGGAGACCAGGUGACCAAUGCCAAGUUCCUGGUGGAUGUGUAUAGGGUUGGGGUCCGUAUGGGGCGUGGGGAGGCGGAGGGGAAACUGGUGAAAAGGGAUGAGGUGGCCAGUUGCAUCUUGGACGUGGUACGUGGGCCGAGAGCGGAGGAGAUGAAGAAAAACGCCCUCAAGUGGAAAGCUGCGGCCAAGGAGGCGGUGGCGGAAGGUGGAUCUUCCGACCGUAAUAUCCAAAGUUUCGUGGAUGAUGUUCGAGGGAUGACGUUUCUGACGAAACAGAAAACUCAGCCAUGCACCAAUACCAUUGGGAACCGAGAUCCUCUACUUCCACCUGCUCCUAUUGCCGUGAGCGCCCCAAAUACAAGCAAGGUGGAAAAUACUAUUUUACCCCUGCCCGAGGUUCUUCUUCCAUGA